UGUCUGAAGAAGCAGCACAGAGGGAACUCUGUGCUGGGAAAUCUACCAAAUAACACUCCUCUUUCUAAGUGUUUUCUUGUCGCUUUACUGCAUUAACAUGACAGGACAAUAGACUGAGAACUGUCACUUCUUCACUGGUAGGGGAGAGACUCUGCUGAAGCUUUGCAAAUCAACCUAUGUGCCUACAUGGCCCUUAUACUUGUUUGAAAAGAAUUUCACCAUCUCUCGACAGAAGAUGAUGAGAGAAUGUGUGAAUGAUUUGGAAAUCAAAAAUCGUUGCGUGAUUCUUAAGAGAGGCCUGUUCAAGCUAAGGUGUCAUGCAUGGCUGGUAUCUGCUUUCUGCUGACACUAAAAGAUGCCUAGAUACUCUGAAGAGGACAAUGGAAACUUCUGUUUUGAGUCCUUAAACAGACUCCUCGGUGUUCUGAAUUUUAUUGUAUUUGUUCACCAAGCACUUGUCACAUACAUGUUGGCAUGUUUGGCCGUAAGCUAGCGAAGGUAGCUGAAACCAUUUAGUCCUAAUGUGUCAAGUGCCUGGCUGUGACAAAUAACAAAUUCACAAUGGUUAGGGUAUAUGUUUUGUCUAAUACUGCAUGCAAUAACCAAGAUGAACAGCUGCUCAUUGUGUACAUACAAUAUUUUGGGUUGGUAUACUCGGCACAGUAGAAGCCUAAUGUGGGCUGAAUUGCUUGCACAGACCAGUUACUUUUUAUUGCCAAGUUGGCUGCAACAUGGAUUUGUUUUCUUUUCAAAACAGUUUUCAUACUUUUGUGAAUCAUUGGUUCUAGAAACAUUUAUUUGGGUCCUCUCACCAUUAGUUUUGGACAGGCUUCGUUCAAUUAGCUAGCUCCAUUUGAGCAACAUUUUAAGGAUCCUUUGCUUGAAAAAGUGUUACCACCACAGUUGUAAUCAUUAUUUGGCAGCCAUUUUGUGCCCAUUUGUAACCAUUUGAAUCCUUGAAUCCCGUCGUGCUAACUUCUACAACUAGCUUGUAUCAGUCCACACAGGUUAGGCUUCAUCCUGCCCUAAGUAUCCAGCCCAGUCUUUUACAGUGUGCUCUUUCUUUACUAUAGUCCAUCCAUUUGAAAUGGUUUUAUAUGUUUCUAUCUAUGAAGUGGUGUCAUUACAACUAUGUCCAGACAUCAGUGGUUGGCUUGUUAACAAUACGGACUCAUACAGUAUGUACAGUAGAGUAGUGUUUUUGAAAUAGAAUCUGUUUUAGAGUUCAGCCCAGUGGCUUUUUGUAACUUUGGUUGCAAAAAAUAUAUAGAAUCAGAACUCGAUAGAAAAGACAUGCACUUAGUUGAAGGAAUUUGCAAAGAAAUGUUUGCUUGUGUGUCAAAAUUUGAGGCUCCACACUUCUGGUAAAAAUAUUGGUAAAAAUGAUGUAAAAGCAACACAGCUUAAAGGGGCGCUCCAUCAGAUUGACACUGGAAGUCCAGCUUACUUGUCAUGAGGAGGACUACUCAGUAUAAUGUUUUCUGUGACUCUGGAGGGAGAUUCUAAUAAAAGUCACAUCUGUUGCAUUAUGGAAAAUGUAGGAUCCAGUGUUUUAACCCAUACUUUAGACAACGUCAGGACACCCUUGUUUUUUUUUUUUAAUGUACUCUUUAGUAAUUUUCUGUCCAUUAUGUGACAGAGCUGGUAAUAUUACCUCUACCUCCACAUCAGGUGAAUGAUGAUUAUUGGUACUAAUCUGUAUUCAGUAAAUCACGUAUUUCAAAUAUUAGGUCAAUUGAGUUGGCGUGUCUUUUCUCCGAGUUGUGAUUUUAUGUCCAACAUUCAUCGUGUGUCUCACUUAAUCUUGUGCGGUAGAGCUAAGAGCUAACAUCGUGGCCGGAGUAGUUUACUUGCUGUCUGUAAUGCUUAUAUGUCUCAUCUGUAUCUUUCGCUGUACUUCUGCUGUAGUCCUCGCUCAUUUUCUGUAUUUAGACAGGUAGUCGGUUGAAUGUCUCUUGCAACAAUCAGAGAUACAGAUGUUUUCACUGUACAGCAGCCAGCUAUGGGUAAAACAAACAAACAAACAAACAACCAUACCUUGUCAGAAUUGUAAUAUACUGUUUGUAUAUUUUUCUCUUAUUUACACUGAUAUUUUCACCUUGUUGUUUCUGUUUUGAAUUUUAUCUGCUGACAGUUUUAACCCUAAAUUGUUGUUUCUAAUGGCUGUGCUUUGCUUUUAAUUCAGCAGUUUUGUCUUUGUUCCUGCUUCAGUGCCAGCUUAUAUUUCCACACCUGUUUUACAUGUAUUUAGUUACGGUUGAUUCCGUAGACCCAGAUACUGUAGGAGGAAUACAAUGAUCUAACUGUUUACACUACCUUAAUAAAUAGGAAGGAUGUUGUGGAGUGUGUUGGUCAUCUUUACGAUUGGUGUUAUUGAGAAGUAUCCUGGAGCUAUUAUAGAAUCACCAGACAAGUGCAAUGCAAGCAUCCUGACACUGACAGGGAAGGAGACAUUUCAGACUUCAGACUACUCAGAUCACACACGCAACUACAGCUCUGACAGAGCUAUUGACGGUAAUACUAAAAGUUGUUCUCACACAUGUUCUGAGUCCAAAGCCAAUGACUGGUGGAGAAUUGAUCUGCUGGGUCUAUAUGAAAUUUCCUGUAUCAGUUUAUACAACACAGACCAAAAAAAUAUUAAGAUGAGCAGUGCUGAGAUCUACAUUGGGAACUCAUCUGAGAAGACUGGCACCGCCAACAAACGAUGUACAACCCUCCAUGGCUUCAAUCCUGGAACAAACAAAACCUUUAUAUGUGAUGGCAAACCAAUAUUGGGCCGCUAUGUUACUGUGUACCAACACAACUCAGACUUUGUUGUUUUGUGUGAGGUGCAGAUCUAUGGCACAAAAAAAGAUUUACGAUGGAAGCUGAUCAAAGAGAACAAAACGUGGGUAGAUGCCCUGUACUACUGCAGGGACCGCAACAUGGACCUGGUUUCUAUCCUUAAUGAAGAUAGCCAGGGCUGGGUCGAGCUGGAGGCCAAGCAGGCCAACACUCCCUUCGUGUGGCUGGGCCUUCACUACAGCUGCACUCUGGUGUUCUGGUUCUGGGUCGAUGAUCAUCGCUUAGAAUACACUCACUGGGAUUCAGGGAAAAAAAUAGACGAAUGUGACACGAGUGCUGCCAUGGCAGUAAACGGGGGUCUGUGGUCCAUCAAGCCUGACAAUGAGAAGUUAAAUUUCAUCUGUGCAGUGUAACAGAAAUUCAUGUUUUAUUUUGGCUUACAGCAAAACGGAGUUCCUGGCUUUAACCAGCUGCAACAUCUUAAUUUUAAAUGUAUUUUUUCUACUCUAUACUUUAGGCCUUGUGUGCCUUCCUAUAUAAUAUUUUGGUAAUGUGCUAGGAGUUGUAUCAGUACAUUCUUAAUUUGUAAUUCAUGAUAUGUUGGAUAUGAUAAUCACAACACU